AUCGAUAUCGCUAGCGCGCUAGCGUAGCGUAUUUAUUAGCUAGCGCAGCAUGCACGGGAUAUGCAGGUACGACCUACGGUAUCGAAGACGCAAGACAUAAUACCUCCGACUGUGGGUGGCUGGCUGAUGACAUGACAGAUGACCUCAUCAAUAAUUUCCUUCUAGUCUUCAUGACUGAUGUAAUUAAUAGGCAUGAAUGGCGAGGUUUUGAGACAAGCGGUGUGCGUCCUGAAGACAUCAGUGUUGGCUCAAAGGCUGUGCAUUGACCUGGGAAAAAUGGCAACUCAGCUGAGAAUUACAGUCUCAUUGCAUCUUCAUCAGAGUUAGACCAUCUAUUCCAAACCAUCAAUAUCUGAACUUCAGUGUGACUUGCCGAAAAAAACCAAAUGAACACUGUCCUGGCUUCCACAGCAAGGAAGACUUGCCCUUGGGACAAUGAGAGCCCGCCUUCGGCCCACAGUCUUUGCGGCUGCCCUACUUCUCUUCCUCUCCGUCUACCUCUUCCUUAGCGAGGGCGGGGUCAGCCGCACUCGGGGUAGGGAGGGUCGAGUGCCCGGCUUCUUCUCCCUGACGUCCAUCCGGCACCUCUUUGAGACGGAGCUCACUGUCCCGGAAAAGGUGCACCUCCAAGGCAUGUUGAACAUGACAGAUGGCUGCCGACGACUCUGGCUGAAGGGAGAAUCACUGUGGUUUGAUUUAAAGUUCAACGCUAGCCUCAGUCCACUGUGGACACAGCAUAACAAGAAAUUACCUACGGAGGUCACACUUUGGUGGAAAACAUUGCAGAACAGCAAGAUUGACAACAUCUCCGAGGUGAUCAGCGCAGCACUGCAGGUCAUCCCUGGGGACGAUCCGUAUCACAUGCGGGACGUCUCGCGGUGUCUGCGCUGCGCCGUGGUCGGCAACUCGGGAAACCUCCGUAACAGCAACUAUGGCAAGCUGAUCGACGCCCACGACUUUGUCUUCAGAAUUAACAAGGCACCGAUGGCAGGCUUUUCCAGUGAUGUGGGCAGUAAAGAGACCCAUCGCUUCAUGUAUCCAGAGAGUUUCCUCAAUCCACGCCCCAAUGUGAACUUUGUACUGAUGGACUUCAAGCUGUUGGACGUUGCCUGGCUGACCAGCGCUCUGACCAAUGGCACCAUCACAAGAACAUACACGACGGUCAAGAAAAGCAUCAGUGUCAGUAGAGACAAGGUUAUGAUUUACAACCCAGCCCUUAUGCACCAUGUUCACACUGAAUGGACACAGAAACACGGCCGGUACCCAUCAACUGGUCACUUAGCGCUAUUCUUCGCCUUGCAGAUAUGCGACGAGGUGGACCUUUUUGGCUAUGGGGCUAACAAGCUGGGCAACUGGGACCACUACUGGAAGAAAGACGACGGCACUCACAACUCAUUCUUCAAGAAGACUGGCGUCCACGACAGCAACUUUGAGCAGUCCAUCAUGGAGAAUCUCCGCAAGGCUGACAAAAUCAAGAUUUACCCCGGGGUCAGAUGAUCAGAAGAAAAAAGCUAAACAAGAUGGCAGUGACAGAUGUGUUCCACAGGCUUGCAGCCAGGAAAGUUUAAUUGGGUUCCUGUGAAACCAUUUGUUGGUCGAAAAUAGGGAGGAGAUAGGGCUCCAGACAGCAAAUGUUGUCAUGUAAGUCGUUGAUCAAAGCUUGUCCUUUUUCACACUCGAAAGUUUGGAAAUAUCUGGCUGCGAUGUCAAUGUUGCAUCUGCUCUCUAUGAAAAUGACAGUUUGUCCUUGUGUUUUCUCUGGAUUAUUUUGAAAAAUACAUGAUUUGUUACUUCUCCUAACAUAAUAGGAAUCCUGGCAGCAAGCUUAAUUGUGCCUUGGCCACCUUGCCAACUGGGUCAUGUCGAUCAGAAAGGAAAGAAGUACCAAAGUGAUUCCUCCUUUGAUGAACACCCUUGUACCUUAUGUGGGUGAUGUUACAUUCUCUUGUACACAGUUUUGGGGGAGGAUUGCUCUUCAGAAGUUGGAAGCUUUCCAAAAAAUCAAUUGCUGUCAGUCCAAAAAUAAAAAGACAAUCGUGGAGAACCUGGAAUCUGGAGCAGCACCUGGUUGGGUAGUUUUGAUGGUCUCAGCAUGAUUUCUAAGGUACAUGUGUAGAGCCAGUGAUUUUUCGUUAUCGCGGAAAACGGAUGGAAUCAACACUUUGAAACGAAAUCCACUGCUUGAAAUGGAACUUGCAAACUUUCCCACUAAGAAUGGCUUAAAA